AUGUUAUUUGAGCCGGGUCAGCAGGCCCUGGAACUUCCUGAGUGCACGAUGCAGAAGGCUGCUUACUAUGAAAACCCAGGACUCUUCGGAGGCUAUGGCUACAGCAAAGCCACCGACACUUACGGCUAUGGCACCCCCCAUCAGCCUUACCCACCCCCCGCUGCUGCCAACUCCCUGGACACUGAUUACCCGGGCUCUGCCUGUUCCAUCCAGAGUUCGGCACCUCUGAGAGCCCCAGCCCACAAAGGAACUGAACUCAAUGGCAGCUGUAUGCGGCCCGGCACUGGGAACAGCCAGGGUGGGGGCGGUGGCAGCCAGCCUCCUGGCCUGAACUCAGAGAGGCAGCCACCACAGCCCCCUCCUCCACCACCAGCCUUGCCCCCAUCCUCGCCCACCAAUCCUGGAGGUGGAGUGCCUGCCAAGAAGGCCAAGGGUGGGCCCAAUGCUUCUGGCUCCUCAGCCACCAUCAGCAAGCAGAUCUUCCCUUGGAUGAAAGAGUCCCGACAGAACUCCAAGCAGAAGAACAGCUGUGCCACUGCAGGAGAGAGCUGCGAGGAUAAGAGCCCGCCGGGCCCGGCGUCCAAGCGGGUGCGCACGGCAUACACGAGCGCACAGCUGGUGGAGCUGGAGAAGGAAUUCCACUUCAACCGCUACUUGUGCCGGCCGCGCCGCGUGGAGAUGGCCAACCUGCUGAACCUCACCGAGCGCCAGAUCAAGAUCUGGUUCCAGAACCGGCGCAUGAAGUACAAGAAGGACCAGAAGGCCAAGGGCAUCCUGCACUCGCCGGCGGGUCAGUCCCCGGAGCGCAGUCCGCCGCUGGGCAGCGCCUCCAGCCACGUGGCCUACUCCGGCCAGCUGCCGCCCGUGCCCGGCCUGGCCUACGACGCGCCCUCGCCGCCCGCCUUCGCCAAAUCUCAGCCCAACAUGUACGGCCUGGCCGCCUACACGGCGCCGCUCAGCAGCUGCCUGCCACAGCAGAAGCGCUACGCGGCGCCCGAGUUCGAGCCCCACCCCAUGGCAAGCAACGGUGGCGGCUUCGCCAGCGCCAACCUGCAGGGCAGCCCGGUGUACGUGGGUGGCAACUUCGUCGACUCCAUGGCGCCUGCGUCCGGGCCCGUCUUCAACCUGGGCCACCUCUCGCACCCGUCUUCGGCCAGCGUGGACUACAGCUGCGCCGCGCAAAUUCCCGGCAACCACCACCAUGGACCGUGCGACCCUCAUCCCACCUACACAGAUCUCUCGGCCCACCACUCGUCUCAGGGACGCCUGCCCGAGGCCCCCAAACUGACGCAUCUGUAG